AGAAAAAUAAUAAAAAUGAACACGUUCAACGCUCCGACUACGCAAAUUAACGCGAUCGACAAAAUGACAACAGUGAAAUGUAAAUCCGUAGACUUGGAAGGAUAUGUUAUUAUAGUGGUACAGACGAAGGAUAAUAAAGUAAAAUUGUACGGGUCACCAUCUGCAGGCAAUUGGGACAAUCUGGAACUGGCAGACGAAAUCAUGGACGUGAAUGAAACCAGGCUGGAGGAUAUGACCAGGGCUGAAGUCCUGGGCCAUAUUCAUGAGUGUAUCUCGUCGUGCGUCAUCAAACUACGGGUGAAGAGGCGGAGCGAGACUAAACUAUUAUCGGACAUCGGGCACAACAUCAUCCAAGAUGCGUUCCUCAUCGCGGUCGAGGAGCAGGCUCGGCAGCGGCUGCAGCGGCUGUCGGCGCUCAAGCGCAUCACGCCCGUCGACAUGUCCAAACUAUCUGUAGAGCUUAACAAAAGGAAAAGGACGCAGCCAGAGAACAGACAGGAAUUGAAUGGGUACAUAGCAAACUCCACCGUAUAUGUCACAUCCAUAAACGAAAAUGGAGCUAUAGAGAGCAAACCUACGAUAUCUUCACCCAAAUCCCAGCCAAAAUCAUUGCAAGCAAAACCGGCCCCUGUCAUUGCAAACGGCAUCCAACCAGAUAAGGAGAAGAAGAAAGAAGCGUUGGAAGUGAAAGAAGAUAAAGUGGAACCGGAGAAGCACGAAAAGGAUUCAAGUGAAAAGAGCCUCAAAGUAAAAGUUGAGUGUGAAGUGAAAAUCGAAAGUGAAGUGACUAGUGAUAAUAAAGAUAUUAGCAAAAGUGACGCGUACAGUGUAGCGAGGGAGCACUUAAGCAACGGUAGAAGUGAAAAACUAUUGGGAGAACAGCCUGAUCACCGGAUCAGGGCGACGGCUAUUGUGGAAAGCAACAAACUAGGACCAGGAGAAAAGGGGCCGCGAAGACGGUCGGGUUCCAGCAUCGUGGUGCUCGGCGCGGACGAGGAGAAGCGGCCGCCGCCGGAUGACGACAGAGAAAUGCUCACGAUGCUCUCCUUGUCUUCCGACACCGGUCCCCACCGCGAGAUGGCGGUGGACGUGCCGGACAGUUUCAUCGCGAGGAACAAAACACCACCCCGCUACCCACCACCCCGUCCUCCGCAGGUACGCCUCCGGGCCUCCAGGGACGACGAACCGCUCCUCCUGUCCUCCGGAGGAUCGGGCACAAGUUUCGGCAGCAAGCAGAGUACCGUCCUUCAGAGCACCAUUGAUAUAUCCGGCCCAAGUUCAGACGGCUCGGGCAGCUUCAAGAAUAACAGCACCAUAGAGUUGUUGUCGCUGCCGCAGAGCUCGGAUGGGUCGGGAACGAGUUUCGGGAGCAAGAAGAGUAAGGGAUCGUCUGAGACGGCCAAGUGUGGUGACAUGAUGUCGGAGAGAUCGGAGUCGGUGGCGUCAAAUGCGACGCACAACUUGAGCGAUCACAAGAUCCAGCUUCUCAUUUCUAAUGGGGAGGAUUCUUUGCUAGACUGCAGGGAGGGUGUGACGUACUCCGCGAGGACGGACUCGGUGCUGAUCCGAGAGGCGGUGUACGCGUCGUACAAGCUGCCUCCUGGCUUCGACACCACGCCGGUGCUCCUCGGCCGGGAGGUCGCCGUGGACGUGCCGGACACCUUCGUUCAAAUAGUGAAAACUACCCCCAAAUACCCCGGUACCGUGGACAGAAAGAGCGUCGCGUUUCAGCAGGUGAAUGGCACGGCGAAGAUCACGACGCCCGCGCUGCCGCCGCGGGAGGUGCCGCGAGACGCGCCGCCGCGGCCGCCGGCGCACGACAACAUCACGAAAGAGCAGAUGGACUCUAUCAAGAAGUAUCAGGAGCAGCUCAGAAGGCGCAAAGAAGCAGAAGACCGGAUCGCAGCCCAGAAUGAGUUCCUCAGAACGUCGCUCCGAGGUUCCAACAAGCUGCAAGCGCUGGAGUCCACACCACCAUCGUCGGGCACCGCGUUCGUCAACGAUGCUUACGAGGACGAUGUCAGCGACGAUUCUGUGCAGUUAUACGCCCUUGUUGAUUAUCAAGAAGUAUGCGCAGCGCUCUCGAGGGUGCAAAAGGCGUUGGGAGCGAGUGGGGAGACCGCCCUAGCAGCGAGGGUGGCCAGUGCAGCGGGGACGCUGCUGUGUCCAGCGCUCAGAACUGCCCUGGCCACGAGAUCAGCAGUACUCACCGCUGUCAGGCAUAAAAGAAGCGGGCUCAGUACUCCACACACGCAUCGGGCCACGGAUAGGCUGAAAGACUGCAUGGACGUAUUGGACGUGCAGACAUCGUCAGGCGGCGAGAAGUCUGCGAUAGCAGCGGAACUGCUUUCGAUCCUGGGCGGGCUGGAGCUGGAGAGCCUGAUCCAGGCGCACGACCAGGCCGCCGCGCUGCUUGACCCCGCGUCCUUCAACAGGGGGAAGAGGCAUAAGACUGGAAAUAACUAUAAUCACAAAGGAGAGAACGAUAAAGCUUUAACCGCGCACUCGCCGGACGACCCCAGCGAAAACAUCAAAAUUAUUAAAAUUGAAAAGACUAACGAACCACUUGGUGCUACAGUAAGAAAUGAAGGAGAAGCAGUUGUUAUCGGUAGGAUAGUGAGAGGAGGCAUCGCGGAGAAGUCGGGGCUGUUACACGAAGGAGACGAGUUGCUAGAAGUAAACGGUCUAGCCAUGCGAGGGAAGUCAGUGCACGAAGUUUGCCAACUCUUGGGCGCGCUGACGGGCACGCUGAGCGUGGUGCUGGCGCCGCGAGCGCGCGCGCCGCGCCCGCCGCCGCCGCACCGCGUGCUGCACGUGCGCGCGCACUUCGACUACGACCCCGAAGACGACGUCUACAUACCUUGCAGGGAGCUCGGCAUAAGUUUCCAAAAAGGCGACGUGUUGCACGUGAUCAGCAGAGAGGACCCCAACUGGUGGCAGGCGUUCCGGGAGGGAGAGGAGGACCAGUCGCUCGCCGGCCUCAUACCCAGCCAGGCCUUCCAGCACCAACGGGAAUCCAUGAAGCUGACGUUAGCAGGCGAAGUAGCAGCUCGGGAUAAACCUCGGAAAGGCGGCACGCUGCUGUGCGCUAAGAAACCGCCGCGGAAAAAGAAGGGCAAGAAGGCCACUAGCGAAGCGGGGUACCCGCUGUAUUCUACCUCAGGGGGCGACGAGUUUGAGCAAGAAGAAAUCCUAACGUACGAAGAAGUAGCGCUGUACUACCCUCGAGCGUCGCACAAGAGGCCGAUCGUCCUCAUCGGGCCUCCCAACAUCGGCCGCCACGAGCUCCGCCAGAGGCUCAUGGAGGACGGUUCGAGAUUCGCUGCUGCGGUGCCUCACACGUCACGUCCGCGAAAAGACCACGAGGUGCCCGGGCAAGACUACCACUUCAUCUCGCGCACGCAGUUUGAAGCCGACAUACUCAACCGCAAAUUCGUGGAGCAUGGGGAGUACGAGAAGGCGUACUAUGGCACAUCCCUAGAAGCGAUCCGCGAGGUGGUGAACUCGGGCAAGAUCUGCGUCCUCAACCUGCACCCGCAGUCGCUGAAGAUCCUGCGCAACUCCGACCUCAAGCCUUACACGGUCUUCGUGGCGCCCCCUAGCUUGGAGAAGCUGAGGCAGAAGAAGAUCAGGAACGGAGAGGCUUUCAAGGAGGAGGAGUUAAAAGAGAUAAUAGCGACCGCCCGCGACAUGGAGCUCCGGUGGGGGCACCUGUUCGACAUGAUCAUCAUCAACAACGACACACAACGUGCCUACCAGCAGCUGCUCAACGAGAUCAACAGCCUCGAGCGCGAGCCACAGUGGGUGCCGGCGCAUUGGCUCAAGCACACCUAGCGGGCCCCCCGCGCCGCGGCACUCGCCCCACUCGCCGCCCCACUCGCCCCACUCGCCGCCCCACUCGCCCCACUCGCCGCCCCACUCGCCCCACUCGUCCCAAUCGUCCUCCUGAUCGCAGCACUCGCGAGGACCAUCUUCCACCUCCUCCUGUACUUCCUCGACCUCUGCGACCGGAGGCCCAAGCGCCCCGCGCGCCGGCUGAAACUUUAGCAUAGAAUUUAGCGAUGUGUUCCCUUCGUGAGAGUGAGGACCUGCGUCUGUCGUGUUUAGUUCCCGCGGAGGACAGACCAAAGUUGUUAAUACUUUCAUUAGGUGUAUUUUAUAUUUGGACGUUUUGGAUAUUAAUUAAUCGUAAACGCCGAUUCGGCGUUCGCGAUCGUUCGAUUUCGAUCGGUUCGUAUUUGUUAAUCGCGUUGACGAACGCGGAGUUUCGUGAAAGACGUGUAGGGUGUUUUCGAAUACCCCAUUGAGAGAAUUAAGUAAUAUUUAUUGAUUUGUGUACGAGCUGUAGACCAGAGUUUUUACGGUACAUAGAACCUCGAACCUUAGAUACAGUCGUGUGAAACGAAGUAAUCUUCCGGCAAUAAUAGGUACGCGAUUGUCUGAAUUAGGAUUAAAGUUUUACCUAAAUAGUGAUGAAUAUGAGUAAAACAAUAAUUCGUGAAGGGGCUUAAUACAAUAAAAAAGUUUCAUUUCUUUUUAAUAUACCUGAUAUUGUACUGCCUUAUUCGUGGAUGUUGCGUAAUUUUACAUUUUUUAACUUGUACAUCGUUUCAUUCGUUAAAAUUAGAAAUGGAGUUCACAUUUCACGUUAGGCGUUUUGAUAGAUCCCACAUCCAUUCUUUAUUGCUAAUUUUAACGGAUAUUAGAAAUAGGUAUUGUAAAGGAAACCGCUGAGGGUCAGUUAAAGUUCACUUUUCUAGUUUAGAAUUUCAAAUAACAUUUUACACAAUUCCUUCAAAUAUUUGAAUAGUAUUUCCUUCAAAUUAUAGUCUGUCUUGAAAUGUCUGCUUUUCCCGGUUUACUGAAACAAGUCGUGGGACGCGCGCGCAAACUACGAGUUAGAAUUUAGGUCGGCCGAUGGCAAUAGUUCCAUAAUCCUUAGAUUUGACUUAGUACCUACAUUUAUUAUCUAAUCUGCAGACGUAAAUUCUUACUUCCCACGUAGUUUUAGAAAUCACCACGCUUUCAGUAGUAGACAUCUGCCUUUAUCCAAUAAUCCGUUUUAAAAUAUUUGAGAACUUCUUAUAAUCGUAGGUCUCCAUUUAAUUCUAUUUUUCCUUGAAUCUAACGACUUUAGACUGCUCGCUGGAUAUCCGAUUAAGCAACUCCAAUGAUGGCGGUCCAUAAAAAAAGAUUUUAAAGCCGCGGCAAUUUACCAAAUUACAUUUUAAAUUAGUCGUGUUAAAUAGAAGUUGUUGAAACUUACAUUAAGCUACAAACAAUAAUGCAAAGGAAUUUAUAGUUUGCAAUUUAAUAGAUAGUUAAUAUCAAAUACGAUCAAUAAACAAUAAAUUAACUAUUUCUCUAUUGCCAAAUUUAUACGGUAGAUUUAAAAAAAAGAUAGGAUUUUUUGAAAAAAUCUUCAGUAGUCUUGUGGGAUUCUAAGGGCGUGACCCAGUGGUAGGAAGUUUCUAGUACCUAACAAUAAACCAAUAAAGGAUCACUGCUAUGAUAGUGAGUAGUAAAGCAAUAUUUUAUAACCGUAUAAUCAAAUUUACCUACUGUACAACGACAUAUCUGAUUUUUAUAGUAUACCUAUUUCAAUUUUUCGGCCAAUCGAAUGUAUGUAUAUUCCUUUUGGUAAUUUUACCUCUAUUUAAUGUAACUAAUAGAUACAAUAAUUUAUCGAAUAGUCACGAGUUUGGUGUGCUUGUUUUAUUACGACCAUUUGUCCGGUUUUUUGUGUAAACCACGUGUCUUUUUAAAUGUGCUUGUAGGUAUAGCUCGACAACACCGAUCCACUCGAUCACGUACGAUUUUACAUUUUGACAAAUAAUUACAAUAUUGUACUAAUUACCUAGUGUAAAGAAACAAAUGAACGCGCACAUUUGUUGAAACUUAUGUAUGAUGUAUAGAAUAAAGAAUAUUUAGAAAAGUAGGUACCUAACUAAAAACUUCUUAACUCGACCUACGCAUCGUAUCACAGAAAAGCUAGUCAUCCCGAUUGAUUAAAAUGCUAAUGAAAUUCUUAAAGAUGAGCAACUAACUGCGCAGGAGGCCAUCAUAGAUGUUGUCGAGUUAUACGUCCCUCCGUAGAGAGAAUAGUUAACGCAAUACAUUUUAUAAGAUGAACACAAUAUUCUAAAUAUUCAGGGAUAAGUGAAAUUAGUUUGUUUACAUUAUUUGUAUAUCUGUGUAGAUAGAAUUGUGCAUUCCAAAUACUUUAGUGCCAAAUACAUAAGGCCACGAGGAAUAGUGGGUUGAAUAUUCUUUUUAUAAUAAUCACAAUUUUUAAAUAAAAUAAUAUGUUAUUUUGUAUGUAUGUUGUAGGUAUGUUAUACCAUUACCAUUGUCAUGUUAUGUGUACUGAUUUUGAGAUAUCGUGUCAUAAUUUUUAAAUUGAUCGAGAAUAUUGCAUUAGUUGCGUAAGUUGAUAAUAUAUUUGAGCAUAAAUCAGUGGUAGCCUGUGAGGUGCUAAAAAUUUGUAAACAGAUUUAUUGUUUUUAUCAUAUUCUGUAUGUAUUUAUGUUAUCGUUACACUGGGGUAUGCGUGUCGAUGUUUUUUCGUACUAGCAACAUGCGUAGGUACCUCUAUUAUUGUAACUUUUUGCGAAAGGCGACACUUAAAACAUUGUCACGUAUGCUCAGUGAAAAUGUGGAUUUGCCGAGAUUUCACAGUAUUGAUAUUGUCUAAUUUAUAAAUAGUCCUGUAUAUAA